AUGACGACCCCAGAAGAUAAGAAAGCCCCAUUCACGGAGACUGCUGGGCCUCACCAUGCGUCCGAGUCCGUCGACCCGGCUGAGGAGCCAGCGCCUGUAGCUCUGAGCGACGAGAAACAGCUCCAGGCAGUCGACCGUGAAGUCUCAACUGACUCCUUCGAGGAUGAGUAUCAGUAUCCUACGGAGGGGGAAAGCCUGACUCUCCGAAAGGUGGCCGGAAACAUGCCUCUGGUCUCAUUCGCCCUCUGCCUCGUCGAGUUUGCCGAGCGAGCAUCCUACUAUGGAGCGAAGACAGUCUUCUCCAACUUUGUCGAGUUCCCACUGCCAAAGGGUGGCAAUGGAGCUGGCGCCCCCCCACGAGGCACACAAGAAACAGCAGGCGCACUGGGAAUGGGCCUUCAAGCAGCCUCUGCAUUAACCUUGCUGUUCGUCUUUCUAUCCUACAUCAUUCCCAUCUUCGGCGGCUGGUGGGCAGAUGUCCAUGUUGGCCGCUUCAAGGCCAUUGCCGUGGGUGUCUUCAUCUGCGGAGUGGCGCAUAUUAUCCAGAUCUUUGGUGCUAUUCCAUCAGUGCUGCAGAAAGGUAAAGCGAAUGCUGCUCCGCCAUUCGUCAUCGGGCUCCUGCUUUUAUCUUUUGGCGCCGGAAUCUUCAAGCCCAACAUCGCACCCACCAUUCUCGACCAGAAUCGCCAGAAGAAAGCUUAUGUUAAGACGCUCAAAUCCGGAGAACGGGUCAUCGUGGACCCCGAGGCGACGACAACUCGCACGAUGCUCAUCUUUUAUGGCUUCGUCAACAUUGGUGCUUUCUAUAUGCUGGCUACGACAUACGCUGAGAAGUAUGUCGGCUUCUGGCUGUCCUUCCUCCUGGCUGGGAUUAUCUAUUUCUUGCUUCCCAUUCUCCUUUUUGUAAUUUACAAGCGGACAUACAAGCAGCCACCUGCAGGAAGCUCCGAGUUAUCCGAGGCAUUCAAGAUCAUUGGGACGGCACUGCGACAAAGCAGGUUCCAAUUCUGGCGCAAGGACUUUUGGGAGGCAGCAAAGCCCGCUAAUCUGCGCGAAAGGGAUAUCACCGUGAGCUGGACAGAUAAUGCUGUGAGAGAUGUAUCCAGGGCAGUCAGUGCAUGUGAUAUUUUCUGGUUUUACCCCAUCUGGAACCUGAACGACGGCGGGAUCGGGUCUGUGGCAUCAAAUCAGGGUGCAUCGAUGAUCACCAACGGCGCACCCAAUGACCUGCUCAACAACUUCAAUCCUCUGACCAUUAUCGUCGUGAUUCCCUUUAUGACAUAUGUGGUCUAUCCGGCUCUGCAGCGCUACAACAUCAGAUUCGGGCCGAUCAGUCGUAUCACGUUUGGCUUUUUCCUGGCAACUGUUGCUGGGAUUGCCGGGACGCUUGUUCAGUGGCGUGUGUAUGAGCUCUCACCUUGUGGCUACUAUGCUUCGACAUGCGAUGAGGUGGCUCCGAUCAGCAUCUGGUGGCAAAUCCCCAAUACCGUCCUCAGCGCGCUCAGCGAGAUCUUUGCCAAUGUCACCGCCUACGAGGUAGCCUAUGCCAGGUCCCCUAAGAGCAUGAGAGGUUUGAUCAUGGCAAUCUUCCUGUUCAUGAAUGCGCUGUCCAGCGCUAUCGGCGAGAUUCUGAUCCCUGUCACCAAGGACCCCUGGCUGAUGUGGAUCUGGGGUGCGCCGACCGUUGCACUUGCUCUUCAGACGGUUAUUUUCUGGUUCAGGUUCAAGCACAUGAAUGAUGAGAGUUUUUACGUCGACGAAGACGUGAAUCCGUCUCCCACCGAAGAUGUCAGGAAGCCAGAAAGAUCUGUUUGA